ACCAACCCCUCCUCUUUCUCCUCCACCUUCUCCUUAUACCACCCUCUCCGACUCUUCCCCCGGCCUACUCGGCACAUACCUUUCUUGAAGCCUGUAUCUCUCCCUUUCCACCAAGUAGAUCACAUUCGACGUCGCAUCCAAGCCUCCCGUCCAUCCGCGACCGGCUGGCUUCCCCGCGGUCCCCCCCACCUGUCUCAACCUGCCGUUGUACGUCUGUCUAUCGUGACCAGUCAGUCGCGUUUACGAUCACCAUGCAGGCGGUUCCAGAGUCGCGACAGCAGUCGUUUGAGGAGAUUUAUGGCCCUCCCGAGAAUUUUCUGGAAAUAGAGGUCCGAAACCCCCAAACACACGGCACAUCGCGCAACAUGUACACUAGCUACGAGAUCGUCUGCCGCACCAACAUCCCCGCCUUCAAGCUCAAGCACUCCGUCGUGCGCCGCCGCUACUCCGACUUUGAAUACUUCCGCGACAUCCUCGAGCGCGAGAGCACGCGCGUCACCAUUCCGCCGCUGCCGGGCAAGGUGUUUACGAACCGCUUCAGCGAUGACGUGAUUGAGCAUCGCCGGGAGGGUCUGCAGCGGUUUUUGCAGAUUGUGGCUGGUCAUCCGUUGUUGCAGACGGGGAGUAAGGUGCUGGCUAGUUUUAUACAGGACCCGAACUGGGACCGCAAUGCGUGGUAAAUACAGCUAGAUGCUGUUAUGCUGAUUGACCGAUUACUAUGAUCAUCUACCACUUACUAUCCACCUACCCUAUACGCCCGCCCCAGAAACCAGACAGACAGAGUUCUCUUAUGUUCGUCAGGAUACCCUAUCAAACAUCCCCCUAUUCAAUCCCCUACUUCACUAUGUACAGAGAGUCUUCAACCCAGUGGAAAAUACAACGCGGCCUUUCUUUUUUAUCUAUCCAUUCUCCCAUUCCAGGCGUGGCACUCUGCUUAUUACUGCCCUUACUACCUUUCUACCAAUCUCAUAUCUCCAGGUAGUCAGCCGGUCUUCCAUUUGCUCAAUACUCAAUGCUCGAUUCUCAAUGUCACCCUUAGGUGAUGUGAUUGAUGCUACUUGCUUACAGCUUGCUCAAGCUGCGUUUCGUUCCGUUCCCCUGUAUAGUGUUUGUUUCCCUACUUCGUGCUGCUGUGGUGUUUUGCAUCUGCCAUUACAUGACAUUACCCAACCAAUCUCCCAAGCGGCUUGUUCUUUCUUCUCCUUCUCUCUAUUGUCGAUCGUCUUUGUGUUUUCGCCCUCCCUGUGGAUGGCGGAUGGAUGGAUGGAUGGCUGGGUGAAGAAUUAAACAUAUACUAGGUUUUUUCAAUGAUUCUCCCGGCGACCCUACCCUGCUUAGAACAGAUUAUGACCUACUUUGAGCAGCAUCUAAU